CGUCUCAAAAGCAACCUCAAGAUGAGGACAGAGGCCGAGAAAAGCUUGGAACAGAGGAAAGUAAGCUGGCCUGAUGCUUAUGGCAAAGAUAUUGCUCAUGUUCAAGAGUUUGAGCUUAGCGCAUCGGAGGACGGAGAACAUGCAGGAAAUUCUAGAAGAAAAUACUGUGGUGUCUGUAAAAUCCAGUGACAUUAUUAUCUUUUUGUGUUACGUGUUUUGUUUCUUAACACUCUGUCUGAAAUGUGUUGAUUUUUAGUAAGAGAGUUUUUCGUAAAUCCAUCAUUGAGUAUAAACACUCAACUUUAAG